AUGCUCAACGCAUCACAUACUGAGCGUGCUCUGGCCAAACGCUUCUUCACGGCCGAGUCUAGCCGACGCGAAGGUUAUACCCACAUUCUUCUCAUGACCACCGGGAGCGUUGCAUCAGUCAAAGCACCACUCAUAGUCGAGGAGCUACUCACUUACGGCAAAGUGGAUAUUGAGGUCGUCGCGACCAAGGCUUCGCUUACCUUCUUUGACCCUGCCGCCAUCCGGAAGCUUGGCGUAAACGUAUGGGUAGACGAGGAUGAGUGGCUUUCUGACUACAAGAUCGGCGAUCCCAUAUUGCAUAUUGAACUAAGACGAUGGGCCGACGUUGUGCUGGUCGCCCCGUGCUCUGCGAAUACGCUAGCCAAGAUUGCCGGUGGACUAUGCGACAACCUUGCGACAUCUCUUUUACGAGCUCUUUCUCCGGACACCCCAACGUUUCUGUAUCCUGCGAUGAACACGCUGAUGUACCAACACCCUCUCACUUCCAGGCAUCUGGCAAUCAUACGGGAUGUCAUUGGAUAUACAGUUGUCGGUCCAAUAUCAAAGGGCCUUGCAUGCGGGGACGUUGGCGUCGGGGCGAUGGUUGAGUGGAGGGACAUCGUUGCUGCAGUCGUGGAGAAGUUUGCGCUCACGAAGCGGACAACUCGCCAGCUUUAG